UAGAUUCCAUUUUGGCUCUCUCUUGUUCUCUUUUAUGGUACUAUAAUAACCCCUCUUCCUAAUUAUCUAUUUCAUUGCCAGUUUCUGACGAUUUCCGAAUGAUCACCAGAAUUACACUCUCACAUAUUCUCGUCUUCUUGCUUCUCUCGUCGGCCGUCGAUGCCCAGUCAAGUUCGCCACCGGUGGCGGCUUCUCCUACUGCUUCAUCCCACAACCGGGACCCGUCCUUUGAUCCUGUGCUUGUGGCUUUUGUUUGCGUCCUAUUGUUCGUCGCCUUCAUCUCCAUCUUCCUCCGUCACUGCUCCAACAUGGACCUCGGCGCCGGAGGCCUAACUGGCCCCGCUGCUAAUUGUUCGUCAAGUGGUCCUCAAGGGAUCGACCCAAAAUUACUCAACACGUUCCCCAUCCUCGUGUACUCCGCCGCCGAGAAAGACCUCAGAUUUGGGAAAGCCGUGAACGAGUGCGCGGUUUGCUUGUGCGAGUUCGAUCAACACGAUACGCUCCGAUUGCUUCCGAAAUGUAACCACGUGUUUCACCCUCAAUGCAUCGACGCCUGGUUGGCCUCCCACGUGACUUGCCCUGUUUGCCGUUCGAGGCUGAAGCCGGAGGAGGAGCACAACGGAGGCAACGACGAAGUCGUUAUAGUAAUUCCGAAUGAGGUAAAUGCUCACCAGAUGUUCGAUGAAAGUUCUGCGAGUAGAACGGAGCUUAAUUCAGCAGAGCUAAGAAGUUUGGGGAGGUGUAAUUCAACGGGUCAUUCUCUGGGUUUUGGUGAGAUCAGUGGCAAGGAGACGGAGUCGGAGAGGUACACUGUUAGGAUUCUGGAGGAUGUGAAGAAACAGAUCAAGACCAAUCAAGGAGGAAUGCGGCGGUCGGCGAGCUACAAUGUGCUCCAUGGACGGCCGGGCGAACAGGAAAGUACAGGGCAUUUCAUUCUUUGAAAAUUCCAUUUGUUUCUCAUGUUAAUACGUCGUCGUCUUCCUGCUCACUUCACUCAUCCCUUAUCUGUGCAUGCCACAUCUUACAUUACAUUGCAACGAACAACUGGGAAUUAUGGCUGUGAGCCUGAAAGAAAGUUUGCAGUAUCCAUUCCAAUGUGGGGAUGCAAUACCCAGAUAAGAGUUUUGUUAUUUUAAGUAUAUAUUAUUAUAAUUUUAUAACUAUUA